CUAAUUCUCCGCCUCAUUAGAGCAUGGAUUUCCCAUCUCUUGUGUUCAGCGUACGAAAACAAGAACCUGAACUUAUAGUGCCAGCUAAGCCCACACCUUAUGAAGUCAAGUACUUAUCUGAUAUUGAUGAUCGAGAAGGUCUUCGUUUUCAUGUGCCUAAAAUUCUUUUGUACCGAAAAAAAGAUUUUUGUAUGGCUAGUACUUGCAAGGCAGAUGAUAUAGUGGGUGUCAUGAAGAAGGCAUUAGCGGAUGCACUUGUUUUUUACUACCCAUUUGCUGGUAGGCUAAAAGAAGUUCCCGGAGGUAAGUUACAUGUGCAAUGCACUGCUCAAGGUGUAUUGUUCAUUGAGGCUGAUGCUGAUGUUAGACUCGAAAAAUUGGGUGGUGAUUUCGUAAAACCUCCAUUUCCGUGUCUGGAACAACUUCUUUACACCCCAUCUAAUUCUAAAGAUAUUCUUAGUUGCCCUUUGUUGUUCGUACAGGUGACUCGUCUUAUGUGUGGAGGGUUUAUCUUUGGUUUAAGAUACAACCAUACUAUUUGUGACGGUCAAGGCAUACACCAGUUCGUGAAAGCUCUAGCUGAAAUUGCUCGAGGCAAAGUCUCUCCAUCUAUUCUUCCAGUAUGGGAAAGACACUUACUCAAUGCUCGAGACCCACCACAAAUUAUGUUUGCACAUCGAGAAUAUGAUGCUAUACCGGAUCAUAAAGAAAAACUUCCAUCCCUUGAUGACGUGGUUCAGCAUUCCUUGUUUUUUGGCUCCAAAGAAUUGGCAGCCCUUAGACAAUAUAUUCCUCCUUAUUUGCAAGCAUGCACUACCUUCGAGUUGCUCACUGCCUGGUUAUGGAGAUGCCGGACAAUUGCAAUUGGAUAUGAUCCCGAGGAAGAAGUCCGUGUGGUUAUUUCUGUUAGUACACGUGGGAAACUUCACUCCACAUUACCAACUGGAUUCUAUAGGAAUGCAGUUGCAUAUCCCGUGGCAGUGUCGACAACGGAGAAGUUGAUUCAAAAUCCUUUGAGUUUCGCAUUGGAGUUGGUGAUGAAUGUAAAAAAUGCAGUGAAUGAAGAUUACCUUAGAUCAACAGCGGAUCUAAUGUCAGUAAGAGGGCGACCUAACAUUUCUACCGUGCGGACCUUUUUUGUGUCAGAUAUGAGACACAUGGGGAAUGCUGGUGAAGUUGAUAUCGGUUGCCGAGAAGUAGUGUAUGAUGGGCCAGCUUUAGGUGUUAAUCCGACUUCACAUUUUUGGAUGUCAAGCCCUUAUAUAUCCAACACGAAUAACAUAGGAGUCAAAGGUUGCUUCGUUCCAAUUUAUUUGCCAAGGCUUGCCAUGAAGAAGUUUCUUUUGGAGAUGGAGAGCAUGGUAAAUAAAACACCAACUGUUCAAACAAUUCUUCAACCAGAGACUUCCAAGUUUUCAUUGACAUUGUUUAGAAUAUCUUCCUUGUAAGAGACGAAACUCAUAGUGUGCAAGUAAAAUGUUUUAUCAGUGAAUAAGACAUACAAAAGCCACACUCUAGAGUCGUUAUUCCUUAAUGUGUGAAUAUGUGAAACUCUUUUCAUGCACUGGACAAACCCAAGUUGUGACAUACUAAAUGUAUUUUGUUUUGUAUUGCAUUGAAGUUUCUUUGCAUGAAGAUGAUUUUACA